UGAACAGUGCAUGAUUUUCCAAUUGAGACACGUUCCGUCCUUUAUGAUUGUUUUUGGUCACUUUAAGUCGCAAAACUGUCCCCCCGUCUCCAAAUGAGUGAAAUAAGACACCAUCGAGCACGCAUACAAAAUCCACAGCCUACAUCCCGUCCUGUCAGGUUCAGUUUGGCAGCGGAAUCCUCCUGUUAAACUCCUGGACGCCUCCAUGGUCAUCGCGCGCGAGAGAGGAGAGGAGGCAGUGCGCGCUCUGACAGCUCCAAGCCGGCUGAGGGACGGGGAAGAUUUCAGCUGGGUGACGUCACAGUGUGUUUGCACAUAAAAAAGUAUUGAGUUUCCUGUUUUGUUUUAUUUUGUUGUUGUUAUUUUUUUUUUCAUCAUCUGGCUUCAUUCCACCUGGAUCCACAAACGAGCUGCUGAACAGCAAGCACACGGUGCAAGCUUGAUAUAAGGGCUGUUUCUUAGAUGCAAUGUGUGAAUGUUCUUGCAGAAACAAUGAGCUCCAGUGCAGAAUUUAAAUGAGUUAACAUGUGCAGAUGUGGGAGGCAAUGAUUAAACAACACCUAUGAUAAAAAAGGAGUGAAAUGCACCAGCAGCAGAGCAAACCUACAGGUCAAAACGUGUCCAUUAACGUUCAUUAUUCAAACCGCAGCAAUCCCAGCAUGCAGCAUGGUGGUGGUGGUGGUGGUGGUGGUAGGUUGGGGUGGAGGGGGUUUGAGUAAUUAAUUUUUCAGCUGAUGGUUUAUCUGCAUCCAAUGUUAAAGAAGCUGAAUGCACCCACCAGUUUAUCACAAAAUCUCCCUUUGAUAUUAUUGGUUGUUGAAUGUGAACUGUUCUUAUUUUUCUUAAAACUGAACAUGCUUCAUUAAGUUAUAAUUAGCCAAACUCCAUCCAAUGACAGAGUAAGCUUAUAAAUGCUCAGAACAGCUCCUGCAAAGGCCUGUGCUGAAAUACAUUUCUCAAGUGCAGUUUCCAAGUUCAUAAUUAAACUCUGAAUCAGUUGAGCCCCUAUUAUCACUCAGAGCUCAGCUAUUACCCUAUACGGGGCGACACAUGAAAAUAAUAACUACGGUUAUUAGUGAAACUCAGACUUUAAUAGUCUCUGCUGUUAUUAGGUGUGCGUUUGUUUAACUUCUUAUGAAAUUGAAGUCAAAUUCAAGACAUGACAAGUCCAGAGUCCCUAUUUUUUAAAAGAAAUAGAACGAUGAAUCUGCCGGCUGAUUAUUGGCAUUUUGAACUGAUCAGCAUCAUACCAGCAUUGGCCCUCACAAGGCUGAUAUCUUUAUCGUCUUUUCCCAUUGAAAAUGCAUUUUUUUUCAUCAUCCAUGUUCACUCAAGGUCAUUUUGUUUGUUUUUUGAGUUAUAAAAUUGUUGUUUUGUCAAAUGCCAAUUUAAAAAAAGAAAAAAAAAAUCAGUGUGAUAUCAACGGUAUAUAUCGUCCGUUGGCCAGCCAACUCAACUUAUUAUCAGUAUCAGUAUCGGCCAUUGAAAAACAGUGAUCAGUUGACCACUUGCAAUGUAUUUUGAGACUAAUUUAACAGUAAAUAUAUAUAUAUAUUUUCGUGUUUUAGUGACAUAAAACAAUACAUUUUUAAUUAUUUCUGGCACUCUAGACAACCCCCUAGUUCAUUCAUCCACAUGGUAUUGAUCAGACUAAUUUAAGACUUUCACUCCUCAAUCAUUUAAUUGCUCUAAUUCAACACAUUAAUAAGAGCGUUUGCAGUUGUGUUUCAACCUAAUUUCACAAUUUAAAAAAUGUAUUACUUUCAGUACACUCUGAUUAUUUGACAGGGUCUUGCAGUUUGAUGUAAACUUUCAAUAAGAAACAUGCAGCAUUGAGGCACAGUAUCAGCUUCAAUAAAAGGUGUUAUUUGAUUUUGGCUCAAAAACAAGAUGACAAAGCUGAGCACGCUUAAUUGGAUCAAAUAAGAUAAAAUUCAAGUGUUGCCUAUCCUCAAACAUUUGAAUAACAUCAAUUCAGAUCACAGACUAUAUGGGUUAAACUGUUACAAAGGCCCACCUGAUCUGAAGUCCCAUUCCCCUUGUGACAUCCCUGUCCUGCAAGCAGAGGACGGGCUGGUCUGUGCGUGACCAGGGUGCCAUCCUGAGGAGGCUCAUCCCUCUUACUUCUCUCUUGACUGAUAGAAAUGCAGACAAGCCUGAGGAGGCAAAAAACAAAAAAGAGGAGGAUAAAAACUCCCCGGACUGCAGAGACACACACAAGGAGGAGUUGGAGGUGUCAGAGUGGUGCUCCCGCGGGUGUCUGCGCCCAAUCUCAGAGGCCUCUGAUUAAAGAAUGAUUUAUAGGUUGCUGGUUGGAGAGGCCCGCUCAGCAAUCCGUCUACUGAAUGAGAUUUUUCCUCAGGAAGAGGGCGGGUAAAUCAAACCUUGGGUCGAGGAGCCUGCACAGUCGGGCAAUGGGGUAUCAGUGAUUAAAUGUUAUAAUCACUUCUGCUGAGUGUGCGACUGGUGUUAUCAGGGAUACUGGUGCCUGAAAUCAGUUUACCUUCUGUUGAAUUUAAACAACAUAUGUCUUAUUUUAUCUUGUAUAGAGAAGCAGUCUGUUUAGACUGAUGUGCUGCGACAGAGCACAGUUUGAGAAAUUUUCUUUCAGUGCCUUUUCAUACAUAGAGAAAGAUCACAGGGGAAGGGAAACUUAUCUUUUUUAGGACAGAAUAAAGAAGGAGGAAUUUAAACUACCAGGAUGGAUUAAUUUGCAGAAGCUAUCAAUAUUGACUGAAAAUAUGGUGUUGAUUUGACUAGAUUUUACACAAGAGGAUGAUUACCAGAUUCUACAGACUCUAGGGACUCCUCAUUUGACAGGACAUGAUGGAAGUUUUAUGGGAAACUGAGUGUUUUCUCCUUAAUUUUUCUCUCGUAGAGUUGUCAGAGUAAAGCCCUAGUUUGCCCAUUGACCACUCCAUCAUAAGCACGGCUCAUCUGUCAGGGGGAUGCUGAAGUACGCGUCAGCUCAUCCUGACUCUGAUCAGUCUCUGAGUGCAGAUACAGAUGAUAUCCAGACAGCGUUACACUACAGACGGAUGAAGAAUCACUCCCACGGAUACAGUUUACACCCUCCUGUCAAAGCAAGCGUGCACAGAACUGUUUUUUUAAGUGAGAAAAUGCAGCUGCUGUGAUGUUUGCCUGUCAAAAUGUCAAUUAAUACAGUGUUAGAAUACAGAGAGUCAAAUACAUGGAUUAUUACUGACUUGAAGGCUAAGUGGGCUCACUCUGAUGCUGACAUAGAAAGAAAUAUGUAUAAAUCAGUGCAUUUGAAACACGUCUACCCUAUCUAUGUUUUCCUAUUACUGUAAAAACAAUAAAGCCCUUGCUCAUAGUUGUAAAAAAAUACGGUUUAGACAAUCCAAAAAGGCCAAAAUACCAAAGCUUAAUUAUCAUGUCAAAAAGCUAAUAAGCUCAAGCUUUUAAGGUAGACUGUGUCUUGUCAUUACAAAUCAUUAAUUUAAUACACAAAACUGAUAAGUCCACUACACGCCCUCAAAAGCUCAGUGGAAUUCUUUUUGGUUGUUGGACAAGAUCCUCUUUGGAAAAGCUACCAAAUGUCUUUCAUUCAUCUUAAUUUGCUAAUAUAUAGAGCUACAAUAUACGCCUGGUAACAGGGGUUUUAUCACUAGUAGCACGAAUAUACUCGGAUGUCACUACACUGACAUCUGCCGGUCAAACUAUGACAUUGCAUCAAGUGGAGCUUCAUUGCAAAACUCAACAAAUAUGAAACCGAAAGUAUUUGACGUUUUACAACAUUUGCCCUCUUGUAGAUCCGAGAGACACUAAUUCGUGGAGACUCAACGAAAGCUCGGUAAAAACUGUAAGUUUAUCUUGAAUGUUUUUUUUUUUUUACUUGUCGCGUAAAGGAAGGUUAAUGUGCUCAAAAAACCUACCACAAAACAACGGAGGUUUAACAGCAUGUCAGGGUUAAAAGAGAAGGUCGGUCUCUUAAGUAGCUCUGAAUGAGUUCACCUGGCUGUUGAGGUGUAGGUAGCAGGUGUAGCAGACUGGGUGGAGCAAGUUUGUUCUGCUGUAGGCCACUAUUGUCCAACUACCUUUAAAAUCACGAGUAUGGUUGUAGGCAAGGCAAGGCAUAUUUAUUUAUAUAGCGCACUUCAUACCAAGGCAACUCAAUGUGCUUUACAUAAAGAAAAAAUAGAUUAAAAAAAAUUAAAGAACAACAAAGAAAAAGUUAAAAUCAGGAGCAAUAGAUAAGGUUUAAGAUGAUUAAAAAGAGCUCAGCCAUAAGUACGUGAAAAGAGAAAUGUUUUUAACUUGGAUUUAAAGUGCUUACAGUUGGGGUUGAUUUUAGUUUUGCUGGUAGUUUGUUCCAGUUGUGUGCAGCAUAACAGCUAAAUGCUGCUUCACCAUGUCUGGUUCGAACUCUGUGCUCCAAUAUCUGACCUGAGUCAGUAGAUCUCAGAGCUCUACUAGGUUUAUACUCUACUUACAUAUCAUUCAUGUAUUCUGGACCAAAACCAUUUAGAGAUUCAUAAACCAGUAGCAGAACUAUUCUAUUAUUAAAAUCUAUUCUGUACCUGACUGGGAGCCAGUGUGAGGUCUUAAGAACUGGGGUGAUGUGAUCUGAUCUCUUUGUUCUGGUUGUAACAUUUUCCCUCUUGCUUUUAGGAAAAUGGUGAAAAUUUUCCCGUUUGUAACCGGAAAAACUUUGGACUCCCACAUGGAGUUCCUUCAGAGACUGAAACAAAAAGGUGCAAAGGUGGUUAAAUCACAUGAAGGUGCUGUGGUCAUCGUCUUCUGUCCCAUCGUCAGUCGUUAUGAGACUGACAUUUCUGCAGCAUUAUCCAGCGCCUCAGGUGAACACAACAAAACAUAAAAAAGUACUCAUGCAGAGGUGUGAGGCUGUCUUGAAGCUUUAAACCUGUGUUUCUUCUUUUACCAUAGCACAAGGACACGAGCAAGUGAUCCUGGUAGCCUUACAUCCCACAUUUGAUAAAGAGUACAUAGUACCAAAUCAUGGGGGGUUUGAAAGUCGUGCUCUCAGGCUUCUUGUGGACUGUCUCUUUCAUGAAGAUCAAGGACUUCUGAAAUGCCCCCGCAAUGAUACGGCGGUGGAGGAAGUCUGUAAAGAGGUAAGUAGUUGCACAACAAGCAAAUAAUAGUAAGAAUAGUUUUAUAAUGUUGUGAAGAAGUAUGCUGCUAUUUGUAUAUUAUUACAAUUUGAAACUAAAUUUAGCUAAUGCUUUUAGAGUUUACUCAGAGACCUCUAGAAAGGGUGAACUAACUGGCAUAAUUUUUGACAGCCCAUGAAUCACCUUGUAUCCAAUUUGGCGCCCCCUGUGGAAGAAGUAUUUCUUUGGAUUAACUUGUGUGUCCAUGAGUAGCUUGUGUUUUCCGCUUAAAAAUUACCCUACAUAUUUAAAAACUUUUUCUUUGUUAAAACUAUAUAGAAAGUUUUUUUUUUAUUUCUGUUGGCUAGCUUCAGGAAUAUAGAACAUCCACAUUUUCAUCAUUGUAUGUAUGUUGGCUUGAAAUUCACAGACUUUUUUUCGUUUGUGUGUUUUUGCAGUUGAGAUCGGAAAGCUGGAACUGGAACUGUUGCCGAUAGGAGGAGAAAGCAAACUAUUAAGAGGGGAAAAUUCAAUUGCAACAAACAGCUUAUCUGCUAAAAUCUCAACUAAAUCUGGAUGUUAGAGUGUUGACUGAAAGAAGUUAAAGAAAAUGAAGACAGUUACUACUGAGCUGAAAAACAUGAAGAAACUUCUGAACCACUAAUGAAUAAUGAAUACACUACAAGAUUAUCCAACUUUUUUGUUGUUAGCUUCUUCUUGGGAGAAAAAAUAAGCUGCUCUGUUUUUCAAAUGUAUAGAAAUGCAUGGUACUUAUUCAUAUGACUUCACAGGUACUUUAUUUAGCUUUCCAGUGUUAAAGUAAUGUCAAAACUUAUGAGGAUGUAUGAAGGCUUGCAAACUCCAGGAAAAAAAUCUGAAAUAAACACACUACAUUUUAUGUG